AUGGAGGGAGAUGAAAUUCAUCAGGAGAAGGAGGUAAUCGAUGCGGCACUGCCGCUGAAUUCGAAGUCGAAGCCAAAGUCAAAGUACAAAGAAUGUCGCAAAAACCACGCCGUCGGGAUCGGUGGCUACGCCGUUGAUGGAUGUAGUAAAUUCAUGGCUGCCGGAGAAGAUGGUACUGGAGACGGCCUCAAAUGUGCUGCGUGCAAUUGCCACCGUAAUUUCCACCGGAGAGAGAUGCAAAGUCAACACUGCCCAUCUUGUUAUAGAGCCACUUCAGUACCACCAUGUGGCUACUUUAACCAUAUUCAGUGGCGGAUUUAG